CAUUUGGAGCAUGCACUUUAUGUGAAAAAUUGAAAUCCUGGAACGCAUCAAUUUCGUACAAUGGGGGAUACAAAGGAAAUCGAUAAGAAUGCUCACAACCUCGAGAAUGAAAUGAUGGAGAUUGGAGGACGAAACGAAUAUGAGUAUUCCGCAGAGCCGCUGCAGAUUGACGACGAUGUUUUGUACGAUUCUGAAUACCUGGAAGAUUCGGAACAGCCGGCACACGAUGUUUGCUCGGAUUUUAGUAUUGAGUCUGACCCAUCGACUUCCAAGGGUCUACCAGCAAAAAAGGCAAAGAUUAAUCGGAGUUUCUGCGCCAACAUGAAGAGUAUAACGGCAGUAUUGAGCGGAAAGAAGUUCAGAUUCCAAGCCCCAGUUUACUUGAAGAAGUUCAAAAAUCAAAAGUCAUAUGAAAACUGCGGGACGGUUAACGUUGAUGGAGACACAACCGAAGAAGUUGUUCUAAAAAUUUGGGAGUUCUGUUCCAAGUUUGUUUAUCGCGCCGUUUCUUUCUCGGAACCGUCCGAUUCACGAGCUGACCCUAAGUGGACUGAAUUUUCGCCGAAAUACGAUGAACGUGAUACAUUUAUUGUUUUUCAGGAUAAAUCUAGCAAGAAAAACAUUGCUCCCUCUAAAGUAGAUAGUAAUACUUUGGUAAAUUGGCUAGUAAAAGAAGUUUUCGUAAUCGUAUACAAGUACUCGGAAUCAGUUACAAGUCUUGAGAAAUGGCGUCUUGUUGAAAACCAGCUCCUUCGCCUAUUAGAAACUGACCGUUCGGGUGCGGAAUCUGUAACUUCCAUAAACCGGCUGAAGGAGGAGCUCAAACGCAUACACGGAAAGUACCUAUCAGGUGACGACGUUAAUUGGGGAUGCUGGGCAUGUCGGAUAUCGAGCAAGCCGUAUGAACAACGAGAAGAUCUGAAAAACCAGGCGCCUCCCGAACAUCUUAUUAACCUUUUUUGCAGUGUACCUGUCCAUAGUGACACAAUUUUGGUAAAAGCAAGACUUGAUCUACAGGUGGCCAGCACGGUUAACUCUGCAUUCCGAAACAUACUCGGCGAACUGAAAAAUGAUCACCAACAAGCGAGCAACAUAUUGAACAUUAUGGGAGAAAGGAUUUCGAUGAUGGAGGCUAAGCAGAAAGAAUACGACGACAUGUUAGCAGCAAUGAACACUUCAGUGAGUGUGAAGGAGAAUAAAUUUUCGGUUGAGCUUGCUCAUAGUGUUACAAACUGCCUCGACGUAGAUCAUGAUUUGAUUUAAGUUUGUUUAUUUUUACCUGUGGCUGAUUAAAAACAAUUUCCGACUGGAAC